CCUACUCGAUAAGAUCGCCGUCUAUCUUCUUAAAUAUCGUAUAAAGGUCGAUACUAGUCGUAGAGACCGAAGAGGGAGUAGAGUUUAUACGGAUUAUAGGCGUCGUAGAGGCCGUAGAGGUUUAGGAUGUAGUAGAGGUUUAGAACAUCGUAGAGGUCGUAAAUAUAGUAGAGGUC